AAGUAGAAUGCUCCAAUGGGGAACCUGGAACAAGCUGUCACAGAAGUACUCAGUAUUUCUGAGCUCCACCUCCCCUCUUCCACCCUGGCAACUGUGGCUUGGGGUGUACUCUCCGUUCUUCUCCGUUCGUCACUCUACGCUGGCAGAACAACUGCGAUAUAUUCGCUUCAGCGUGACCAGCAGCGAUUCAGAAUGAGUGGAACAGAGGAAGGGAUUUCAAAAGACGAACUCCUGAAAAUGAUGGCGAAAGGACCAGCUCACAUCUUUGAUGUCAGGACCCCAGCAGAGGUGGCGGAGAAAGGAAAAAUCGAGGGAUCCAUUAAUAUUCCAGUGGACGAAGUGUUGGAUGCUCUGAAUUUGGAUCCCGAAGCUUUUCGCAAAAAGUACAAUGCGGAGAAACCCAAGCCAGAGGCCGAGAAUCUGGUGUUUCACUGCCAGAAGGGAAUGCGAGGAAACAAAGCAACUCAGACAGCCAUCUCACUCGGAUAUACCAGGGCAAGGAAUCUUAUCGGAGGUUACGGUGACUGGGCAAGCAAGUAAGAUACUCCGAGCGAGUCAGCUUUCCAGGAUAGUAGUUACUGCUGAAGUUCACACUGUUAGGAGUUGGAGAGGCGUUUGCUGCUGGUCACAUAAGCACAACCACUGAGCUAAUCCUGACAUUUUAGUUGAUGUGUAAUUGAAACCAAUUCUAAUUUUUCUUCAUUAACAGAAUGAUGUGGCUUUCACAAAUAAAUUCUGAUCUCUAAA